AUGCCCAACCAACAACAGCCAUCCUCCCCCACGCCCUCUCUCCUCCUCACAAAGCGCCUAACCGCCUUCCUCAGCGCCAACCUCGGGCCCCAGGUACACACCGCGGUCCUAACGACGCUCUCCGGCAAGCUCCUCGCCCACGCGUCACCCCACUCUCAGCACCCUGCGCACGCAAUGCACCGUCGCCGCUUCCGUUCGUCUACAUUCCCUUCCUCCCCCUCGCUAGUACCUCAUCCGAUGCCCAGCGCCGUGACGAUACAACUCGUAGCCGGGGUCAUGGUUAUCCGACGACUGCGCUGCGGCCUGCUGUUCGUGUGUAUUGGUCCGAGCGCGGGCGCCGAGGGGGCGGGGAGUGACUACGUCACGCAUACCCCGGCGCGGACGGUGCCUCCUGCACAACAGCACCAGUCGAAUUCAAACGAGCCGCAUCUCGCAACGCCGCUUGGAUCGCCGUCGGAAGUUGAAAGCGUGGUUAGUGCCGGAGCCGCGACGACGGCGAGUAUCGCGACUACGACUAGCGUUGCGGCUACGGCGGUGGUGGCUACGCGGCGACAGGCAGAGGAGCUGGCGCGCUGGCUGGAUGAUAAGCUAGGCUCGUUGGGGACUCUGGAGGAGGGAUUAGGAGUCGAGACGAGAUAA